AGGGAUCCUGGGACUCGCUCGGCCUUUCCGGAAAGGGGCGGCUGGGCGUCGGCGUUGGGGCUCGGCCGGUGUUCCAGGCCCGCGUUCCAGGCCCUUCCUCCCAGGCUGGCCCGGAGCCGCGGCGACGCUCUCGUGACCGCGGAGGACGCGACGGGCCGGGCGGUUCGCGGAGGUGCCCGGCCUCACCGCCGAGGGAGCCGGGAGCGGCCUGACGUGGCGGCGCCUCCCCUUCGCCCGGAGCGGAACUGCCGGAGGAGCCACCGCGCGGGCCGCCGGACCAGGUGAACCGGGUUCCCUCACCGCCUUCGGGUGAUGAAUCAGCCGCAUAACAGUCAGCGUUGAGGCGCCCGGCCCGUGGCGGUCCUGCUGCGCCGCAGCUUUACGGGGGGUGACCGGCUGGCCUGCCUGCGGGGCGCCGCGGUGACCGCUUGCCCUUGACCAGGAAAGCGAGCCGCCCUGCUCCGGGGACAUCUUUGUUUCCUUGAAAGCGCUCCGGUGUCCCCCCCCUUUCUCGGCGCGCGUUUUGGUGCCAGAGGCUUUUCCAUGAAAGUGUCUCUGGGUAACGGAGACAUGGGCGUCUCCGCCCAUUUACAGCCUUGCAAGGCCGGAACCACACGCAUUUUUACCAGCAACACGCACAGUGCGGUGGUCCUGCAAGGCUUUGAUCAGCUUCGGAUCGAAGGGCUGCUCUGUGAUGUGACGCUGGUGCCCGGGGAUGGGGAGGAGGUCUUUCGCGUGCACCGAGCGAUGAUGGCGUCGGCCAGCGAUUAUUUCAAGGCCAUGUUCACCGGCGGGAUGAAAGAACAAGACUUAAUGUGCAUUAAGCUUCAUGGCGUGAACAAGGUUGGUCUGAAGAAGAUCAUUGACUUUAUUUACACUGCAAAACUUUCUCUUAAUAUGGACAGCCUUCAGGACACCCUCGAAGCUGCCAGCUUUUUACAGAUUUUACCUGUUUUGGACUUCUGCAAAGUGUUUCUUAUUUCAGGAGUCUCUUUGGAUAACUGUGUUGAAGUGGGGAGAAUAGCUAACACCUAUAAUCUCAUCGAGGUGGACAAAUACGUCAAUAAUUUCAUCCUGAAGAAUUUCACUGCGUUGUUGAGUACUGGGGAGUUCCUAAAACUCCCCUUCGAACGCCUGGCCUUUGUGCUUUCCAGUAAUAGUCUGAAGCACUGUACUGAACUUGAGCUGUUCAAGGCUGCCUGUCGCUGGCUAAGAUUGGAAGAUCCUCGGAUGGACUAUGCUGCAAAAUUAAUGAAGAAUAUUCGAUUUCCACUCAUGACACCCCAAGACCUCAUCAAUUACGUGCAGACAGUCGAUUUCAUGAGAACAGACAACACCUGUGUGAAUUUGCUCUUGGAAGCUAGCAAUUACCAAAUGAUGCCGUACAUGCAGCCGGUGAUGCAGUCAGAUAGAACGGCCAUCCGAUCCGACUCGACACACUUGGUAACCUUAGGAGGAGUUUUGAGGCAGCAGCUGGUUGUCAGUAAAGAAUUGCGGAUGUAUGACGAAAGGUCACAGGAGUGGAGGUCUUUAGCCCCCAUGGAUGCUCCUCGUUACCAGCAUGGCAUUGCUGUCAUUGGAAACUUUCUCUAUGUAGUUGGUGGUCAAAGUAAUUACGAUACAAAAGGAAAAACUGCUGUUGAUACAGUUUUCAGAUUUGAUCCUCGGUAUAAUAAAUGGAUGCAGGUUGCAUCACUAAAUGAAAAGCGCACGUUCUUCCACUUGAGUGCCCUCAAAGGACAUUUGUAUGCUGUUGGUGGGCGAAGUGCAGCUGGUGAACUGGCCACAGUAGAAUGUUACAAUCCAAGAAUGAAUGAGUGGAGCUAUGUUGCAAAAAUGAGUGAACCCCACUAUGGCCAUGCAGGAACAGUAUAUGGAGGCUUGAUGUAUAUUUCAGGAGGAAUUACUCAUGACACUUUCCAAAAUGAGCUCAUGUGUUUUGACCCAGAUACAGACAAAUGGACGCAGAAAGCUCCAAUGACUACAGUCAGGGGUCUGCAUUGCAUGUGUACAGUUGGAGACAAGCUCUAUGUCAUUGGUGGCAAUCACUUCAGAGGAACAAGUGAUUAUGAUGAUGUCCUGAGCUGUGAAUACUAUUCACCAACCCUUGACCAGUGGACACCGAUUGCUGCUAUGUUAAGAGGUCAAAGUGAUGUUGGAGUUGCUGUCUUUGAAAAUAAAAUCUAUGUUGUAGGUGGAUAUUCUUGGAAUAAUCGUUGUAUGGUAGAAAUUGUCCAGAAAUAUGAUCCAGAAAAGGAUGAGUGGCAUAAAGUUUUUGAUCUUCCAGAGUCACUUGGUGGCAUUCGAGCUUGUACUCUCACAGUUUUUCCACCUGAAGAAAACCCUGGGUCACCUUCUAGAGAAUCACCUCUUUCAGCACCUUCAGAUCAUUCCUAGGACAAAGGUGUUAUAUCUUUGUGGUGCAUAAUGGAUGAUCUCAUCCUUCCCCUUCAGUUAUAACUUCCAGUGAUUGGUCGAGUUAUUAGAGAGAAAGACCAGAACAUUCUCAGCUCUGAGCUCCCCAUGCACCAGUGAUGUUGGCUUUGAGCAGGCAGGAUCUACCCGAGAGGCCUCAGAACGAGUGAGUCCCUACCCGGUUCCUGUGAUUGCUUCCUGGUGAGCAGGGAGCAGUAAUGUUGCAGAGGAGUGUCCGCAGUUCUGGAAGCCAGAGGUCCGAAAUCCAGAGGCUCUAGAAGGGACCUGAAACUGCUCAGCCAAGGUUUACAAUAAGCAACAUCUAACAGUUUUGUUUUUAAGGCUAUGUCUGCACGCCACACAGAACUCAGACCUGAUGACAUCACCAGAGAUGUUCCAACUACAGAUAAUCCAUCAGGUUGUCAUUGCUGGAUGCCAUUCCAACGAAAGCCUUACAUCUGGAAGUCUUCUCAAAUGUACGAUGGACAGAAGGGCUUCAGACAGGUGUGCCACACCGGCCUCCGGGGAAGCUGCUCCUCCAAAAUCACCCGGAACACUCUUAUUACUUCUAGAGUACAACAAGAAUGCCAGCUUGUCGAACGCGUCAUCCUCUGGACAUUGCUUAUGUCACCUCCCGGGGACACCAGGCUGACCCGGACUUUGCAGAAUCCCUCUUCCCUGCAUGAAGACUCCCCUUCCCGUUUGCUCCUCCUUCCUCAGUCAGACAGGAAGAAUCUCUGAGCCUUGGGAUAGGCAGGACUAUGCCCCGUGACAGCAGAAAGCAAUUACAAGAAGAUGGAGAUAUUCACCCAUUUAUCUCCUUGUAAGAUUACAAGGCUUAAGUUCUUGAAGGGAGAGAGUAAUACCACUGUGGUCAGCUAGUUAUUAAUAAUAGGACAGAAGCAAAGGGAAGGUCAGAUAUUAUAGGCUUGUCAUUUGCGCAGUUUCACCAGGAAGCUGCAACUUUGCACUCCCCAGGGAGCCACUGGCCGAUUCCCUGCAUAACACUGGGGAAAGGGAUCCAACGAAGGGAAGACAGAUGCAUGUCCAGUAAAGUUGGGGUGACCUAGGGAAGGUACUUGUGUGUCAGUCACUCCGGGGGACAGAUCAUUGGCCAAAAUGAGUGUGGCCACUGCAAGCAUGCAAAUAUUUGGGAAAACACAACUUCUAGGAGUUCUCUCUCUUGUUGCUCUUGUGCCCUUGGCUUCCUUGCAUUUCCCCUGCUUCCUCCAUAGCCAUGUGGCCGUGUGGACCCCGCAUGCCAUGGACUGAUGGACUACAGCGGGGCACACAGAUUAUGCGAGCCGGAUGCUGGAUUGGAUUCUGCUCUAACAUGGAAAGGAAACUCUGGACAUAGACUGAUUCUAGUCCUAUUGAAACCCUAGCUACACUUCCAUGACUGGGCAAAGGGAAAUGGAACUUUGGAAACUCAGGGGUGUA